UCAGUUCUCUUCGAGAGAACAGUCGUUGAGUAGCUUCGGAAUCGAUCGGACAGUGACUUCUACCAAGUAUAUUUCGCGAUAGUUUCAAUCAGUAACGUAAAACUAUGAUAAUUUCGAUUGGAUUGAACGCGUGAUUCAUCUCAUAUUACAUCUGUCUACUAGGGCGUAAAGAUCACGCAGUUCUCCGAAAGUCUACAAUGUGGUGUGACGUCAAGAACAGAAACUUCCAUUCGAACGAAGCGAUAAGCGACUGAUCCGCGACGACGAAAAUUCCUCACACACUAUCAACGACGCGAAUGUCCACGGAGCUGCUAGGCGAAAAAAAACUGUAAACAAAACUAGUCAUUCAAGAAAGUAACACUGAAACGAGAUGAACAUGCGGGCACUGUUGUUGUUUUUGGCGAUUUUCGGGAAACACACGAUGACCCAGAGUAUUGAUCGAAUAAAGGAGCAGCGUUUCGAAGGUGAUUCCUGCUCGUUGAAAAGUGGCGGAACCGGAAUCUGCCGCAAAGCAAGUCAGUGCAGAGAAAGUAUUCGUGCCAACGAGCUGCACUGUGAGUUUGCCGGCAAUGAGCCGGUUAUUUGCUGUUCACUGGCACCCAAUGCAACGUUCGACUCAUCGGCACGGAUAGUGGAGAAUGCCUGCAGUACGGUUCGAAAGGUGGAGAUCAAGAUCAAAAUAGCGGAUCACGCGGUGGGCGUGGUCGAGGAAGCCUUGGUCGGUGAGUUCCCCUUUAUGGGUCUGAUACACUACGAUGACAACCUAACGCGGUGUGGGGCGGCGCUUAUAUCGGACCGGUUUCUUCUCACAGCAGCACAUUGUUUCAAAAAUAGCAAACCUACGACGGUUAGCCUGGGAACGAACCAAGCGGACGAUCCAAUGGCUGAUAAUUUUCCGAUUGCCAAAAUCCACCGACAUCUAGGUUACAACCGUACAACGAAGCAGAACGAUAUUGCACUGGUUGAGCUGCGAAGUUCUGUAACGAUGAACUCUCAAAUUCAGGCCAUCUGUUUGCAUACAUCGUCGAUAGAUCUACUUGAGAGUGUCAAUCUAACUCUAAUGGGAUGGGGAAGAAAUAAUACAGAUAAACUGCCAAACUCUCUGUUAAAGGGAGCUGUAAACCCAGUGCUACGAAGUUCCUGUCAGGCUCGCUUCACAACAGGUGGACAUUCAAUCAAGCUCACUGAGAAGCAGCUGUGCGCGCUAGGAGAGAAAAACGAGGAAGGUAUCGCCACUGAUGCUUGCGAAGGUGAUUCGGGGGGACCGCUGGUUUUGCGGCAGAAUAACAAAUACUACCUAGUCGGGGUGGUCUCCACUGGAUCCGGUUGUGGAGAUGAAAACUAUGCUGGAGUUUAUACCCGAGUGGCCAGCUAUCUGGAUUGGAUAAUUGCGCGAGCGUGGAAGAAUUAAUUCAUAAGCUGCUGGAAAUGUUGACUGGUGAAUAAAUCAACCAAUGUACACUACUACAGAGAUAAACUUUGAUCAAAUGGCAAUGAUUGAGGAAUGUGCCUACUUGCUUUAGGUUAAACAGUAUGAACGAAUA